AAGCUAACUGCUAACUCAGGACUGCUGCUUAACUGACAGAACAGAAACCUCUGCUAUUCCAGUAGCUACACUGCCAGUAUAACACCAGUCCAGCAGAAGGCGGUACCACCAUGAUGUAGUGGAGUAGAAACCACCACAGUUCAGAAGAGAAAGAAGAAGCAGCAGGACAGUGUUGUGACUUUAGGACAUGAACAUCAGGCAAAUACUGCACCGGUGCAGAUCUUUUUAUCGCAUAUUAGAAACCAAUUCAACACGGAAGUUCUCAUCCACACAGUUCAGUAUGACGUCGGCUAAACACAAGAACACGAAGAGGAUUGAAGGUCUGGACAAGAAUGUGUGGGUUGCUUUUACAUCAGUUGCGGCGGAUCCCUCCAUCGUUAACCUGGGUCAGGGUUACCCAGAUAUCCCUCCUCCAUCUUAUGUGAAAGAAGGUCUUGCCCAGGCUGCUAUGGUGGAUCGACUCAACCAGUACACACGUGGAUUUGGUCACCCUACACUGGUAAAAGCUCUGUCUCAGGUGUACGGGAAAGUAUACGGCCACCCCAUUGACCCUUUUAAGGAGAUCCUGGUGACCGUUGGAGGCUAUGGCUCAUUAUUCAGCACCAUGCAGGCCCUUGUAGAGGAGGGAGACGAGAUUAUAAUAAUCGAACCUUUCUUUGACUGCUAUGUUCCUAUGGUCAGGAUGGCAGGGGCCAAGCCAGUUUUAAUCCCACUGAGACUGAAGUCAGAUAAAAAGGUGGACGUCAGCAGUGCAGACUGGUUUCUGGAUCAGGAAGAACUUGCCAGUAAAUUCAAUUCCAAAACCAAGGCCAUCAUCAUCAACACUCCUAAUAACCCACUCGGCAAAGUCUUCAGCCGGACAGAACUACAGUUUAUAGCAGAUCUCUGCAUCAAACACGACACGCUGUGCUUCAGCGACGAGGUUUACGAGUGGCUUAUAUACAAGGGUCACGAACACGUCAAGAUAGCGACUCUGCCCGGCAUGUGGGACCGAACCAUCACUAUUGGCAGUGCAGGGAAAACGUUCAGUGUUACAGGCUGGAAGCUGGGCUGGUCGAUAGGACCUGAGCACUUGAUGAAACAUCUGCAGACGGUUAUGCUGAACACACUGUAUACCUGCCCAACACCACUACAGGCAGCAGUCGGUCGUGGACUCCUGCUUGACUGUGAGAGAAUGGGACAGCCGGACUGUUAUUUCUCCUCACUGGCGGAGGAGUUGGAGGGAAAGAGAGAUCGGAUGGCUGAUAUACUGAAGCAGGCUGGCAUAUGUCCUGUAGUUCCAGAGGGAGGCUACUUCAUGAUCGCUAAUGUUUCAACUCUCAAUCAGGAUCUCUCAGAUGUUGAAAGUGAGGAACCGUACGAUUACAGGUUUAUCAAGUGGAUGAUAAAGGAAAAGAAACUGGCUGCUAUUCCCGUAACAGCGUUCUGCGGAGACGAGUCCAACUCCCAGUUUGAGAAAUACAUCAGACUGUGCUUCAUCAAGCAAGACAGCACACUGGACGCUGCUGAGGAGAUUCUGAAGAACUGGAAUAAAGCUUAAAGCUGGAUAAUCAGUCACUGAAGGACUUCAUCUGCCUCGACUUUACUGAUUGCAUACUGAUUAUUACUUUGAUUAAAUGAAAAAAAUAA